AGCCAGUUAGGACACGGAACCAGUUUUCCAUACAGUACCGGCCCGGGAGGAGGCAGGCCAGAUUAUUCGACGGGCCCCCAAAGACACGACGACCCCCUCUCCCUCCAUCAAGCCCUAGGUCAGGCCGUGGAAGAGGCCCAAGGGGGCUUGGACGACAACACUGGGUUCAUCACGGACCUGCCGUUGUUGAAAAGUAUGAAAGGAGGCAAAGAUCACGCAGGCGGCUCCAUGGUGUCCCCCAGCGACGUGUUCUGUUCUGUACCUGGUAGACUAUCCCUUCUUUCCUCGACGUCGAAGUACAAAGUGACGGUGGGGGAAGUACAACGUCGCCUCUCCCCUCCGGAGUGUCUGAACGCUUCCCUGCUUGGAGGAGUGCUAAGGAGGGCUAAAAGCAAGAACGGGGGUCGCAUCCUCAGAGAGAAGUUGGAGAAAAUCGGACUCAACUUGCCGGCAGGGCGACGGAAAGCUGCUAAUGUGACUCUCCUGACGUCCUUGGUGGAAGGAGAAGCCAUACAUUUAGCGAGAGACUUCGGAUACGUUUGCGAAACCGAAUUUCCCGCGAGGCAGGUCGCGGAAUACCUCCUGAGACAGCACGGCGAAACUAUGCGGAGAAAGGAACUCCUCCAAGCCACCAAACAAGUCACGAAAGAGCUGAUGGAUCUUCUGAACCAAGACCGCUCCCCGUUGUGCAACACCCGACCACAAAUCCUCCUCGAUCCUUCGAUCCAGAGGCACCUCACGCACUUCUCGCUGAUCAGCCACGGCUUCGGCAGCCCCGCCAUAGUGGCCGCAUUAACCGCCAUACAAAACUUCCUGAGCGAGUCCCUGAAGCACCUCGACAAAGUUUUCCCGAAUCAAAAUGCCCAGCAAGGGCAACCGAUGCUGGUGACUUCUUCCCUGGACAAGGCCAAGUUAGACGAUAAGAAGUGACGACUUAAGAAUCUCUUGUAUGUUGUGAUCUAAUUGACUAAUAUUAGAAGAUUGCCUUGCGAUCUGGUGGGAACUGAACACGAUUUUCUGAUAAAUGUAGCUAGAAUCGCAUGAUUUUUUCUCAUUUAUUGAUUUGGUGAAGAGGUUUUCGACCAAAGAAUGUAAAAUUCUCUCAUGACCUGAAUUACUUGAAUGUUAAAUCCCAGAUAAGGAAGGACCGAUGGAUAUCUACUGUACGUCCAAUUUAUGCCCAAAAUAUAUAUCAUGAACCUCGUUAAGUAUACCAACCUGAACGUCUAUGAGAUAUCCUCGGAGAAUAUUCAUUAUAAGUUCACCGAGGAAUGUCUUACGGAUAUACACUUCAUGCCUAUGGAUACUCCUGCCUGAGCUAGACACAAAUUGGAUAUUCAUUGGAUAUCUGGAAUUGUCUGGAAUCUAACACUUCAUCUAGAACUAUAACUUACCUUAUCGAAGAUAAUGAAGCAAUGGUUGAAGAGAUCCAAAAACUAGAGAUUGCCUUCUUGAUGUUUUGAGGUUUACAAUGGCAUAUUGUGUUGUAGGUAAAUUUGCGAAUCACUAUUACAGUACGGCGAAUGGAUCUUUACACAUGCAUCAUCAAUUUGUGCAUCCGAAAUAAGUCGACAAAGUAAUGAAAACAAUAAAUUAGAACCUAACAUUUAGGUGAAAAAUAUAUAUAUUCUUCAGCCGUGCAUCGUAACAAAGCUGUUGCCCCUUUGAGUAGCAAUUUUACUGUGGGAAAUUUAUGAAAGUGAUAAAAGAACUAUCAACUCAACACGUGGUCUGGAAAGUCCCGGGCCUAAG